AUGCUAAGGAUAACAUGCAAAAGACCGUUAUUGAAAAGGUCUAAACUAAUAAUAGAGUUGGGUAAGAUAAAUCCUAAGACAUAUUUAGAAUUAACUAAAAAUAACAAGUUUCUUAAUAUCUCGACUGUGAAAAAUAUUUCUUCUGCAUCUGAUUCAGUCUCGUCCCGUAAUAAAAGAAAUAAAAACGGCUAUGGUAGUUGGAAAAAUAAUAAAGUAAUUUUAUUUACAGGUUCUAGUUUGCUAUUACUUUCAUCCGUUUCCAUAUUUUACCCAAAAUUUAAUAGAAUAUCUUUAGACUCAAUUAGCCAAUUAAGUUUAUAUUCCACAAAGAGUCGAACCAAUCCGGCUGAACAAAAUAAGCAAGAUAAUAAUCAAGAUAAUAGCAUGUAUGAUAAAAAUAGUAUUACCUUAUUGAACGAAGAAGAAGUUGAUAGGAUUUUACGUUCUAAAGAACAAAGUUUUUGGGUUAAUAGACAAAGUGGUAUUAUUAGAUAUGAUGUUGCUCAAUUACCUUCCAAUAAUCCGAUAGAAGAUAAUCACGUGGAACAAAUCAUUACUUUAUCCGAUAAUGAUUCUUCUAAGAAAUCAAAAUCAGGGAAAAUAAGCAAGAAAUCAGUGGAGAAAGAUUUAACAUUUUUCGGUAUAUUUGAUGGUCAUAGCGGUACAUUUACAUCUAAAAAAUUGAGUGAAUCAUUAGUUCAGUAUGUAGCUAAUGAAUUAGCUAAUAAUAUUAAAGAUGACAAUGAGUUAAGUUUAACCUCUGAGAAUUUAGAUACCUCAUUGGUAAAGGGGUUUUUAUCAUUGGAUGAUGACAUUAUUUAUUCAUCAUUUAAGAAGUUACUCAAUAAUCCAACCAAGGAAAAUAUGAUUAAUUCUUUACCUGCUAUAUCGGGUUCGUGUGCAUUAUUAUCUGUUUUUAAUUCUAUUGAUCAAACUUUGAAAGUAGCAGUUGCAGGUGACUCUAGAGCAUUAUUAGGUUCUGUUGAUCCAACUACUGGUAAUUGGACUGUAGACUCAUUAUCUAUUGAUCAAACUGGUGAUAAUCAAGACGAAGUGAUGAGAAUCAAAGGAGAACACCCCAACGAACCAAAUGUCAUCCGUAACGGUAGAGUGUUGGGAUCUUUACAACCUUCCAGAGCCUUUGGUGAUUAUCGUUACAAGUUUAAAUCUGUAGAUAAUAAGACUCUUGAUGACCUACCGGCACAUUUAAAAGUCUAUUUCAGAUCAGAACCACGUAAUUUUUUAACACCACCUUAUGUCACUGCCAAACCGGAAAUCACCACAACAAAUAUAAAUGAAAAUACAAAGUUCAUGGUCAUUGGAUCUGAUGGGUUAUUCGAAUUGUUAUCUAAUGAAGAAAUCGCCGGUCUUGUCAUUAGCUGGAUGAAUGAAAGUGUUCCAGGUUUUAAAAAUGAACAUAAUACUUUAUUGAAAAAUGGAAAACUUCCAAAAGUGAAAGAUAUAUCCAAACAUAAAGAAAGUCAAAGACCUGCAUUCAGAUAUAAGCAAGAUAAUAGGAGAUCCAAACGCUCUACAGAACCAGAAUAUAUAUUGAAAGAUAAAAAUGUCUCUACUCAUUUGAUUAGAAACGCCCUUAGUGCUGGUGGUAACCCAGAUUACGUCUCCACUCUGGUCAGUAUUCCUUCCCCCAUGAGCAGAAGAUACAGAGAUGACUUAACAGUUACAGUUGUUUUCUUUGGUGAUUCAGUACCUGAAGGUAUUAAAACAUCUGCCACAGCAGAAACUUUAAUUGCCAACACUGAUGCCACCACUCCUGCAGAUUCCUUAAAGGCCAAGUUAUAA